AUGUUUUUCGACCUGACGCCAAACCAACCGCAACAGCAACCGCAACAGCAACAGCAACAGCAGCAAGGCCCUUAUCAACAUGGCCCGCUGCAAAUCAUGCCACACUUAUACCUGGGCGCCGAAGACAACGCUCUUGACCUUGAUCGCUUACGACGCCUUUCAAUCGAUUGCAUGCUCAACGUUGCAGAGGAAGUGGUGCACCCGCAGGAACGCCAAUUCGUCUCAUUUGAAAGCAUGUUUGAACGUCCUGCAAGCAGCAGCGUCAUGCCCUCCCCGUCACUUUCGCGCGCGUCGACCGCGAGCAGCAUUGCAUCCAGCCUUCACACAAUUACACCGCUCGAGCAGCACCCAUCCUCUCCGAGAUGGUUCGACAAACACGAGCAUACCCUGUUACUACCAGGGGCAAAGAAGCAGCGACAGGCAUCGGUUUCGUCAAUUGGCUCAGUUUGCGACUCGCUAUACAACACCAGCCAUGGCACUAGCACCAGCAACCGCUUGGCAACACUGAACACAUUAUGCGAAAAGCAAAACAUGGCAUACAAGAAGUUACCGUGGAAGCACAACCAAGAUAACCUCGUAAAUGAACUCGACGCAGCCAUCGCAGCCAUUGAUCGAGCACGUGACGCUGGACAUACCAUCCUUGUCCAUUGUCAAUGUGGCGUUGCUCGCUCAGCCACAGUCAUUAUCGCUUACAUCAUGAAGACCAUGAAACUCCCCAUGCAAGAGGCAUAUGACUAUGUCAAGGCGCAGGCGCCGGGCAUCAGUCCCAAUCUUGCUCUCCUCUAUCAAUUACGCGAAUAUGAGCAGAAAUUAUCGCACCUUCGUGAAACUCUCCGAUCUUCCUCUACCUCUCUCCGCCCAUCAACCUUGUGCGACAGGCCGUAUCACCAGCACCAACCUCAACCGACAACGCCGAAAACACCCUCAUCGCCUAAAAAGCCAUUGUUCCUGUUUCGAAAAUCGUCCCUUAGCUUGUCUUGGAAGCGUCGAAUGGGCAAGUUUAAACAAGACGACAAGGCCUCCGACUUUGAGGGUUGGUGGAAGUCAAAGAAGCAGCAAUCUUCAGUUUCAAGCCAAGGCAACAACGGAAGCAAAGUAACCUUACGGUGCUAG